AUGGUCGGAGUGAGACACUCCAGAAAGGGUCACGGAGUGACAUUUACUGCCCUUUCUGGGGAGAACCAGACGGAUGUGGGGGCCCGUCCACAUGUGGAGAGGUGCAGGCGUGACGCUCAUUACAGAACCACAAUGUACACGGCCCAGAUAAGCACAACAGGACAAGAUAAGGAAGGCACGCUGCAUGGCUGCAACAAAGUUCACUCAGAUAUUGAGAUGCCUCCACCAGAUGAAAGGUUCGGAACCACGGAAUUAGAGGAAAAGGGCAAAAGUGAUAUUGUCUUCAUGAGUCAUGUGUCAGGCCCCUGGCUGGACAAUGGGCAGGUGUACUCCCCGACCCCCCAAGAGACGAAUGAAACACCUGCCCAGCGCUGCUCGGGACUUCAUCAUCCCGGCAUCCCUUUGUCUCAUUCGGCCGGGGAUCUCAACGUCGGGGCGGCGGAAAACUACAUUAGUGGCAGGAAGAGAUCUCACAUCUGUCCCCUUCCUCCUUUUUCCUCACCCAGGAGGGAGGGCCAUGACGCCUACAACAGCCUUGGAGUUGCACACGUCACAAUAAACGGCUGUUAUAGGGCAAGAGAUAAAGUGUUUUUCAUUGCCAUUUUACUUGUGUUAAAUGUGCAGGACCGUGACUGUAAAGAACCGGAGCAGCUCAGGAAGCUCUUUAUUGGUGGUCUGAGCUUCGAAACCACAGAGGAGAGUUUACGGGCCCAUUUCGAGCAAUGGGGAACACUGACAGACUGUGUGGUGAUGAGAGAUCCCAGCACCAAGCGGUCAAGAGGCUUUGGCUUCGUGACCUAUUCCUCCAUGAUGGAGGUGGAUGACGCCAUGAAAGAAAGGCCUCAUAAAGUUGACGGACGAGUUGUUGAGCCCAAGAGGGCCGUGUCCAGAGAGGAUUCCAAUAAACCGGGCGCUCAUCUGACAGUGAAGAAGAUCUUUGUGGGCGGUAUCAAGGAGGACACAGAAGAGUACCACAUCCGAGACUAUUUCAAGAAAUAUGGCAAGAUUGAAAGCAUCGAAAUCAUGGAGGAACGACAAACCGGCAAGAAAAGAGGCUUCUGCUUUGUCACAUUUGACGAUCAUGACACUGUCGACAAAAUUGUUGCUCAGAAAUACCACACCAUCAAUGCCCACAAUUGUGAGGUCAGGAAAGCACUCUCCAAACAAGAAAUGAACGUGAUGUCCAAUUCCAGGGGGAGAAGUGGAGGCUCCAGUAACUUCAUGGGCCGAAGUGGUAAUUACGGCGGUGGCGGUGGCAACUAUGGUCGAGACAACUAUGGUGGAGGAAGAGGUGGUUACGAUGAUUUUGAUGGUCCUGGUUCAAAUUAUGGUGGUGGUGGAGGAGGAGGAGGUUAUGGAGGGCGAAACUAUGGAGGAGGAGGAGGAGGAUAUGGUAAUCAGGGUGGUGGAUUUGGUGGCGGCUGCGAUGGAGGUUACCGGGGUAAUGGUGGAGGUUACGGCGGAGGCGGAAAUUACAAUAAUUGUGACAACUAUGGUGGCCAUCAGUCCAACUACGGGCCCAUGAAGGGAAACAGUUUUGGUGGCAGAAACUCAGGUGGUCCAUAUGGAGGUGGCUAUGGCUCCGGCGGAGGUGGUGGUGGCGGCGGCGGUGGCUACGGCUCAAGGCGCUAUUAA